AUGCCCGUGGAGAUCCUCGAUGGUGAGGAUGAGCCGCCAACGGCUCAGGCGGCCCAGACUCCAGAGGCGCCUCGUCAUCGGGUUAACGAGGACCCGGCUUCUAGAAGGCAGGCGGCAUUAGACGAGGAGAUUCGCAACAUUCCUCCGUCACGACAUUUUUCUUCACGGGAUAAAGCUAAAAUUAUCUCGUCGGUGAUUAAGGCUGUGCCGAAGGAGUAUGUGGAGAAGUUUCCUCCGGCGGCAGAUGCUCAGUUUGGGGCCAUGCAGGCGGUCCUUUUGGAUGUGCUCAUUAAAGCCGAAGGCUUCAAGCGCUGGCUAGCUGAUGUCACCAGUCAGCUUCAGCGGCAGGUGCAUCGGGCUACCAACGCCGGCGACUAUGCCAUGACAACGGUGGAGAAGGUUCGGCUGGAAAUGCAGGAGACCAUUGAGGCUCAGAGAAAAGAGCUGGCCGUCCUGAGGAGUGACAAGAAGCAGUGCUUGAACAAAAUAAAUGAACAAGUACUUGCUAUUGAAACUCUCAAUGCCGAAGCCCUUUCUGCCCAGUCGUUCCUCCAAGAAGCCGAAGCCAAGGUGAAGGAAGCCGUGGGCCUGCGGCAACAGGUAGGUAGCCUUGAGGAGAUGGUCUCGGCCUCUCAAGCUGAGAUUUCUCAGAUCAGGGCUGAGGCUAAGCUGGCUGCGGACGAGACGAGAGAGAGAACUCGCCGAGCUUGGGAUGCCUGCAUGGAGGACUUCUCUUUUUCUUGGUUUGAACGGCAAAUUGAGAAGCAGGGUGCAAUCAUUGCCGCCGAGCGACAAGGUCUUCCUACUCCCGUGUUCGAAGAUUCUGAUGCCGAAAGUAAGGAGGUGAACUCACCGGCCCAGGAGGAGGAAACUUCCGCUCAGCCAGCCCCAAAGCCUGCUGCCGACGGUCCAGAUGGUGUGGACGCGUCGACCUCUGCCAACUCUGCCGCUGCUCAACCUGCUAGACCCUAA